AUGCAAUUGGCGAUUAUUUCGAGCUGCCCCCGGAGAAGUGUUGUGUGGAAGAUGCCUUCAUUGUGCGGUAUGCGACAGACUCGCAACGGGGCCUGGCCUUGCACCGGGAUGGGUCGAUCGUCAGCGCGAUCAUUACGCUGUCCGACGAGAGCGAUUACGUUGGAGGUGGUACUGAGUUCCUGGAUGGUAGCGUGUAUCGACCUUCCCAAGGUGGCGGCAUCCUCUUCGGAGGGCAGCGGCUCCACGGCGGGGUCGAGAUUCAGCGCGGCGCAC